AUGGCAAUCGCCAACAAUGUCAUUCUACAAAAUGCAAAUUUUUCUGUACAACGGUCUGACAUCACCAUGUGUAGGAAGCUGGUCGAAAAAGAGAAAGAUUAUGUGUUUGAGUUACUGGCAAAUUCAAUAGCGCCCUCCCGCCAUGUCGACAUUCACAUUAAAAAUGCAAUAUUAUGUUUAUUGUUGGGUGGAGUUGAAAUUACGUUACCCAACAACUCCCAUAUACGUGGAGAUAUCCAUAUACUAUUAAUUUUGGAUCCGAGUUUUGCAAAAUCACAACUAUUGAGAAGCGUAUUGCGUGUUGCUCCCUUUGCAGUAUGCACUACAGGGAGAGGAUCUACGGGAGUUGGUUUAACUGCAGCCGUCACUACCAACAGAUCAACUGGUGGUCGUCAUUUAGAAGCUGGGGCUAUGGUACUUGCUGACAGAGGUGUGGUGUGUAUUGAUGAAUUUGAUAAAAUGUCAGAUAUUGACAGAGUAACUAUACAUGAAGCUAUGGAGCAAGGGCAAGUGUCUAUUUCAAAAGCUGGUAUACAUGCAAAACUCAAUGCCAGAUGCUCUGUUUUAGCCGCUGCUAACCCACUAGGUGGUUAUUAUGAUCAACUUAAAACUCCAAGGGAUAACAUAGGUAUGCAAGAUUCCUCACUAUCUCGGUUUGAUUUAAUGAUGAUCAUGUUGGAUGUACCUGAUCGUGAAAAAGAUAUUUCGUUAAGUAACCAUGUCGUGCGUAUACAUUUUUUUAUUUUUUUAUUUUAUUUUAUUUAA